AGCAGGUGACCCAGGCUGGGCGGGAGAGGCCAGUCAGUCCCGAGGCCGUGACUCCACUGCGGCCAGCGCCGCCGCCGCCGCCGCCGCCGCGCGCAGUUCAAUACCCGCCGGAGGUGGGCCAAAGGGUGCUAGAGCGCGGGGGAGGAGCGGAGCCCGGCGCGUCCCGGGAGAACCGCCACCGCCCCCAGGAGUCCGCUGGAGCGCGGAUCCCCCUGCAGGGGAGGAGAAGAGCGGCGGGCGGGACGCGGCGGCGGGCGCGCACCAUGCAGUCCCGGCGGGGCCAGCGCUGGCUGCUCGCCGUGCUGUGAGGCGGCGGGAUCCCCCGGUCGCCGCACACCGCCUUCCUCUUGCCCAGGUGCUGCCAGGCGCGCUCGCCCUUCGUCCGGCUCCCGGACCCUGGUGGAACGCACGGCCUGCCCCCCGUCCUGCCCCGCCCGGAUCAUCCGGGGGGCCCCGGAGGAGGUGAGGGCGAAUGACCGGUCUGCGGCGACCUCGUUCAGGGGGCGACCCCCUCUCUGAGACGCCCCCACCUGCUGCCAUGUGCUGCCUCCUCGGGUACCCAGCCUAUCGCCAAACUUUCCCGAUGCCAGCCUGUCUCUGAGUCGCGUUUCUGAGCGAAGUGUCCCAGAGACGGAGGGCCCAGGCUGCCUACGGACUAUCUGCUUCUCUCAGGAUCCUCAGAGAGUCCUUUCCUUGGAAUCAGAGCCCUAACCGUCCCUCCCCAGCCCUAUCCAGCGAAGAGCUGAGCGCUCCCUGCGGAGGCAGUGCCCUCCCGAAACAGUUUAUCUUUGGACGGAUUUCUUUAGAAGAAAAAGAAACCAACAGGUUGCCAGUCCCGGCGCCACACAAGUCGGCGGAGAGAGAAGCCCGGAUCCCGGUUUCCCCUGCCUGAGCUGGCCCCGCGCGGGCUGCGGGAGACGAGGGGAGGGAGGGGGCUAUGGCUCGGCCUGACCCGUCCGCGCCGCCUUCGCUGCUGCUGCUGCUGCUCCUAGCGCAGCUGGCGGGCCGGGCGGCGGCCGCCUCCAAGGCCCCGGUGUGCCAGGAAAUCACAGUGCCCAUGUGCCGCGGCAUCGGCUACAACCUGACGCACAUGCCCAACCAGUUCAACCACGACACGCAGGACGAGGCGGGUCUGGAGGUGCACCAGUUCUGGCCGCUGGUGGAGAUCCACUGCUCGCCGGACCUGCGUUUCUUCCUGUGCUCCAUGUACACGCCCAUCUGCCUGCCCGACUACCACAAGCCGCUGCCGCCCUGCCGCUCGGUGUGCGAGCGCGCCAAGGCCGGCUGCUCGCCGCUCAUGCGCCAGUAUGGCUUUGCCUGGCCGGAACGCAUGAGCUGCGACCGCCUCCCGGUGCUGGGCCGCGACGCCGAGGUCCUGUGCAUGGAUUACAACCGCAGCGAGGCCACCACGGCGCCCCCCAGGCCCUUCCCGGCCAAGCCCACCCUCUCAGGCCUGCCGGGGUCGCCGGCCUCGGGGAGCGACUGCGCCGCCGGGGGCCCGUCGGUGUGCAAGUGCCGCGAGCCCUUCGUGCCCAUUCUCAAGGAGUCGCACCCGCUUUACAACAAGGUGAGGACGGGCCAGGUACCCAACUGCGCGGUGCCCUGCUACCAGCCGUCCUUCAGCCCCGACGAGCGCACGUUCGCCACCUUCUGGAUCGGCCUGUGGUCUGUACUGUGCUUCAUGUCCACCUCCACCACGGUGGCCACCUUCUUAAUAGACAUGGAACGCUUCCGCUACCCUGAGCGCCCCAUCAUCUUCCUGUCAGCCUGCUACCUGUGCGUGUCUCUGGGCUUCCUGCUGCGCCUGGUCGUGGGCCAUGCCAGCGUCGCCUGCAGCCGCGAGCACAGCCACAUACACUACGAGACAACGGGCCCUGCGCUGUGCACUGUCGUCUUCCUGCUGGUCUACUUCUUUGGCAUGGCCAGCUCCAUCUGGUGGGUCAUCCUGUCGCUCACCUGGUUCUUGGCGGCUGGCAUGAAGUGGGGCAACGAGGCCAUUGCGGGCUAUGCGCAGUACUUCCACCUGGCCGCGUGGCUCAUCCCCAGUGUCAAGUCCAUCACUGCGCUGGCACUGAGCUCCGUGGACGGGGACCCGGUGGCCGGCAUCUGCUACGUGGGGAACCAGAACCUGAACUCGCUGCGCGGCUUCGUGCUGGGCCCGCUGGUGCUCUACCUGCUGGUGGGCACGCUCUUCCUCCUGGCGGGCUUCGUGUCGCUCUUCCGCAUCCGCAGCGUCAUCAAGCAGGGCGGCACCAAGACGGACAAGCUGGAGAAGCUCAUGAUCCGCAUCGGCAUCUUCACGCUGCUCUACACUGUGCCAGCCAGCAUCGUGGUGGCCUGCUACCUGUACGAACAGCACUAUCGCGAGAGCUGGGAGGCUGCGCUCACCUGCGCGUGCCCCGGCCCGGACUCCGGCCAGCCGCGCGCCAAGCCCGAGUACUGGGUGCUCAUGCUCAAGUACUUCAUGUGCCUUGUGGUGGGCAUCACGUCGGGCGUUUGGAUUUGGUCCGGCAAGACUGUGGAGUCGUGGCGGCGCUUCACCAGCCGCUGCUGCUGCCGCCCGCGGCGGGGCCACAAGAGCGGCGGCGCCACGGCCGCCGGGGACUACGCCGAGGCGAGCGCAGCGCUCACGGGCAGGACCGCGCCGCCGGGCCCCGCCGCCGCCGCCGCCGCCGCCGCCUACCACAAGCAGGUGUCCUUGUCGCACGUGUAGGAGGAGGCCGAGGCCGAGGGACCGGGACCGGGGCCGGGAGUUGAGGGAGGGAGGUUGUUUUGUUUGGUAGCUUUGCCAAGGUCACUUCCGUUUACCUUCUUGGUGCUGAUGCCCCCUCCCGGGGCAACUUGGAGAGAGGGGAAAGGGACCGUUUCAAGGCGAGUACCUGUCCCAGGACUUCUCAAAGGGGCUCAGCUCACGUCUGUUCUAUCUUACUGCCUUUUCAAGAGGAACCCUGUUUUUAAUUUAUAUGUAGUUUUCUUAAUUUUUAACUUUGUUGCAUUUUGGCAACAAAAUUUACCUUUGCUUUGGGGGCUUUACAAUCCUAAAGUUGGCAUUAUAAUGAAGUUCCACUUGGUUCAGGUGUCUUUGAACUGUGUGGUCUAAAUUGGGAAAAUAUAUUUCCUAUACUUGUGUCUUUAAACAUAAUGUGAACAGUGAAAGUUGCUGUGACUGGGAAGUUGUUCCGUGUGCUUUUCCAGGUUGUUUCUCCUUCCACUGCUUAAAGUGUCCAAGAUGCUUUAAGGUGAGCUGCUUGUCCCUGUUUAUAGUUCCUAAGUUAGGGGACACCCUAAGUCACACCAAGGAGCAGGGGAGCAUAAUGUGGUUAGGGCCUCCGGAAAGUGACAAGGUUAGGCAAUGUUUAGAGAUUCUAAUGUGUCCCUCCUAGCUUCGUUUAGCAAGCUUCGGUUUCUUCUCUGUAGUACUUGUAAUCAUUCUCAUUCUUAACAGUGCCAGCUUUGCUUGAAUAAGUUAGAGGUAGCAUUGCAGUGUCCGGAAUAAAUAUUUGGAAGAGUGCGAACCUAAGGGAUGGUGAUUGGUUGAACUUGAAUUCUAGACUGUUAAGAUGGCAGCUUUGUGCCGGAGGAGUGGGUGGUUCUUAAUAGGCUUCGGUGAUCCCACUUUUUUAAACUUGUGUUAAAAUUUUGGUAAAAAUAAACCCACUUCCUUCUUCUGGAAGGACUUAGCGAUAGUGCUGAAGAGGGCUCCUUUUUACAUUUAAGGACUAAAAUGGAUAUACCUCCUGUAAUUAAGUAAAUUUCCAACACCGCUCUUAUCUGCUCCACCCCCAACCCACCUCCUUUAUCAUGUUAAACAGUCUUUUUGCCUUUCUUAUUCCUCCUCUCCUGGAGAGCUGUGAUUAGAAACCACACCCACCCUUGAAGGAGGUGCUUGACCCGGGGGGAGGGAGGCUGGCUACCUGUGAACAAACACUGGCAGCGAUGGGGGAAAAUAAGUGUCCCUGGAUUUUGGACUAGAUUACAGCCAGAUAUUCCAAAAGCGUCGAGACACUGCUCUCUGCGGCCUCUGAAAACAAAUGAGACCCAUAACACCCCUGCAUAAGCUUUUAAAACAUGGAUCAGUGUAGCAAAAGGAAAGCUGUUCCCCCCCCCCCUCACCUCAAUAUAUUUUUCUCUUCCUCCUCUUCUGAGAAAGCCUAUAUAGUGAUGAGCACACACUUUACUGUUAGAGAAUUCUGUUUGCUUUUCUAAUCUGUUGAACCAUUCCCUCAUUUAUAUAUGAAAGCCUAUGUAUUGAUGAAUACACACGUACACACACCACGCAUACAUACUUUACUGUUAAAAAUUCUGUUUGCUUUCCUAAUCUAUUUAACCAUUCAUUCAAGAAGAGUGUGAGGCCAUUACUGGGGAAGGGGGUGACAGUGCAUUGGCCAGCAGAAUACCAGUGACCAGGACUGAGUGGCGACUAAAUUUAAGAAGCUAAAAUGGCAAAAACAAUUAAAAUUUGAGGAUGUCUCCCUAGAAAAACAACAAGUGUAGGGAUUUGCGCUUCAUUUAUACCAAAGUUGGAAAAGUCAGAUUUAAGCCCAGGUCAGUUUACAUUAUGGAUAUUAAGUAAACAAGUGUAUAGUUUCCAUAGUGUAUUUAAGCACUUUGCUGGUGGAAAGAAGCCUGGUGUUAUAGUUUUCAUGGACUUUCAAAAGCUAUUCACGUUUAUAAAAAUGCACUGCUCUUACACACUCAUCCUCUGAAUCAAAAUUUCAGUAUAUUCGACAAAACCUUGUACACAGAGCUACAGAACUUUUUGCACAUCUAAUUCCUCUACUUGUUCAGAAGCUUCUUAGAACCUUGAAAUAGAUCCCCUGCCUGAGGGCCAGUUCCUCUCUUGUUUUUCAAAUGAGGAACUUUUCUGAUCACCUUGACCUCUUCCCUCAGUUAACAUGUCUUCCCAGAAAGUACAUAGAUUAUUCUGCUGCCUUAGGUCGUUGUGCCUAAUUUGGGUUUUUCCUCUUCCUUUUUUUUUUUUUUUUUUUUGUGGAGGAGUGUAAAGAUGAUGCAGAAUGUAUCUAAAAGUUGUGGGAUGAUGUGGUUGAAGUGAUUUAAUUCUUCCUGUUAAAACAACUAUUUUUCAUUUUGGCAACAUACCAAACCUAAAAAGAACAACCAAUUUACUUUAAAAAAAAAAAAAAAAAGACA